AUGAAGGCCCAGUGUAGCAUCUGUUCUGAACUUUUUGUCAUCGACAAGUCGGUGGCCAUAGCAGCCCUCCCGUGUGGACACACUUUCUACAAAGGAUUUCUAUCCACCUGGCUGAAGAAAUCUAACACCUGUCCAUGCUGUCGCAGUCCAGUUGAUCCCACGCGAGUUAUAAAUCAAUGUGAGGUUGAUAUCAAAGAAGCCAUCAAGCAGUAUGAUGAUAUCAAAGAAGCCAUACAGCAGUAUGAUGAUUCAAGUGAUGAGUCUCAGAGUGCCCAGGACCUGGCUACCUAUUGUAGCGUGCUAAAACGAAAAUACGACAAAAUAAAAUCCGAGAAGAAAAAUGUCGAGUCAGAAUUCAAAAAGUUCAAAAGAGAAAACAUGUCCAAAGAUGAUAUGUAG